GGGAAGGUAAAACACUAGUGAGAACUGACAACUGACCAGUGCUAAACCGUCCGCGAGGUGCGCGCGCGGCAGGCGAGGAUGGUUGAGAAGAAGCCGAGGGUUGUCAUAGUGGGCGCGGGCAUAGCCGGACUCUCGGCGGCGCAGCAGCUAUGCGGCGCGGGCCGGGACAAGUUAGAGGUGGUGGUGGUGGAGGCUGGCUGCCGCGCUGGUGGCCGGGUAUACACGUCCGAGUUCGCCGGCCAUCGUCUCGAGAUGGGCGCUACGUGGGUGCAGGGCAUCGUCGGGAGCCCCGUGUACGCGCUGGCGCGGGAAGCAGGCGCGCUCCGGCAGGAGGCCGCGGACCUCCCUUACGAGCGCAUGGACGGGUUCCCUGACAGCGUCCUGACUGUCGCCGAGGGCGGCGAUGUCGUCGACGCGGUGACGGUGGCCAAGCCGAUCGAGGAGCUGUACAGGGACAUGAUGGAGGCCGCGCGUGCCGGUGAGGCUGUCGGCGGAGGGGGUGUGGAGGAUUACCUGCGCCGGGGGCUCCGAGCGUACCAGGCGGCGCGCCCGGGCGGGAGCAAGGAGCUGGAGGAGGUCGAGCAGGCGCUGCUUGUCAUGCACAUCAACCGGGAGCGCACGGACACCUCCGCCGACGAUCUCGGCGACCUUGACCUCGCGGCCGAGGGCGAGUACCGCGACUUCCCCGGCGACCACGUCACGAUCCCCGGUGGGUACACCCGCGUGGUGGAGCACCUCGCCGCCGCGCUCCCGCCCGGCACUGUCCGCCUCGGCCUCCGCCUCCGUCGUCUCGACUGGGGCGAAACCCCCGUGCGCCUCCACUUUGCCGAUGAGGCGACGACGACGCUCACCGCUGACCACGUCAUCCUCACGGUCUCGCUGGGCGUCCUCAAGGCGAGCAUCGGCGAGGACGUGUCCGCUGCGGGUGCAAUCGCCUUCGACCCGCCGCUCCCACAGUUCAAGCGUGAGGCCGUCGCGCGGCUGGGAUUCGGUGUCGUGGACAAGCUGUUUAUCGAGCUGGAGGACGUGGAGAUGCCGGAACCGGAUGGCGACGACGAGCAGCAAGCCAGGACGGCCCCGCCGACUUUCCCGUUCCUGCACAUGGCCUUCGUCGGAGACGUGGCGAAGAUCCCGUGGUGGAUGCGCGGCACCGAGUCAGUGUGCCCCGUCCACGCGGGCUCCACCGUGGCGCUCGCGUGGUUCGCCGGGCGGGAGGCCGCGCACCUCGAGUCGCUCCCCGACGACGAGGUCAUCCGCGCGGUCCACUCCACGCUGGAAUCCUUUCUCCCGGGCCCACCUCGCCGCUGCAGCGGGGCAGGCGCGGGGGCGACCCCACGGCGGAGGGUGAGGAGAAUCAAGAGGAGCGGGUGGGCGACGGACCCGCUGUUCCUCGGGUCCUACAGCUACGUCGCCGUCGGGUCAAGCGGCGAGGAUCUUGAUCGGAUGGCAGAGCCGCUCCCGCGCGGACCGGAGGCCGGUCGGACGCCGCUGAGCGUGCUGUUCGCCGGCGAGGCGACGCAACGGACGCACUACUCGACGACGCACGCGGCCUACCUGAGCGGCGUACGGGAGGCCGACCGGCUGCUGCAGCACUACCGCUGAGAUUUGUUUUGGACCUUUCCUAGACGGCGACCCGCGAUCCGAUCGUUCGACUCGAUCGAGCCCUGUAUCCGUGGAAGGUAGCUAGGCUAAGUUAUUGUUGGUAUGUCGCUCUAUUGACAUAUAAUGAUAUGAAAAUACGGAGGAUUUGAUAUAUUUGCAGUAGGUAAGUCACCUACUGUUUUUCUGUCUUUUCUUUGAAGAUGGAGGUUGUGGUGGUGCCUUGAGGCUUGAGCUCUUCAGUUCUUCCGUGAGCAAGUGACAACAUUCUCUGUACUU